CGGAUACCCACUCGUUCCAGCAAGUCCUCUCUGGCCAUCUCCGUCCAACCAGUCGUCGUCAAUCGGAUUCCAUUGACCCUAUUUAUUCCUUUCCUCGUUCACAACUCAUCAACGGUGCAUUAAUACAACGUCUAACAGAUCUCCAACCUGCGUUCAUCGAUCGAUGAUAUGGAUCGAUUCAAACCAUUCCUCAAAUGAACACGACAUCAUCUCCUCCCUCUCCUAAUCCACUCCACCCCCUUUCCUUCACCAUUGUCUCUAAGUUCUGCGACCUCCACUUCGGUCCUUUUGUUGACUGCUGCAAUUUUGAUCCCGGUGGGCGCCGCGGCCUCCUGAUUAGGCUCGGCCUGACCCCUUUGUAGAGGAUGUCGGCGCCGCCUCCAGGCGGCAGCGGGUGUAAUCCUGUGAAGAAGCCGGGCCCUGUGUCCAUGGAUCAUCUCCUGCUUGCCCUGAGGGAGACUAAGGAUGAACGCGAGGUCCGAAUCCGGAGUCUCUUCAGCUUCUUCGACAAUACCGGCGCAGGUUACCUCGACUACGGGCAGAUCGAAGCCGGGCUCUCGGGCCUUCGUAUUCCCGCUGAGUACAAGUACGCGCGGGAUCUCCUUAGGGUUUGCGAUGCUAACAGCGACGGUCGCGUUGAUUAUCAGGAGUUUAAACGCUAUAUGGAUGCUAAGGAGCUGGAACUCUAUUCUAUUUUUCAGGCGAUUGAUAUUGAGCAUAAUGGGUGCAUCUUACCUGAGGAACUAUUGUUUGCACUUGCCAAGGCAGGAAUUGAGAUUCAUGAUGAGGAGCUAGCACGUUUUGUUGAGCAUGUGGAUAAAGAUAACAACGGAAUCAUAACUUUUGAGGAGUGGAGAGACUUUCUUCUCCUAUACCCACAUGAGGCGACCAUUGAGAACAUCUACCAUUAUUGGGAAAGAGUCUGCCUUGUAGAUAUUGGCGAACAGGCUGUUAUUCCAGAAGGGAUCAGCAAGCAUGUAAAUGCGAGCAAGUAUUUGAUUGCCGGUGGAGUUGCUGGCGCAACUUCUCGUACGUCAACUGCUCCUCUUGACCGUCUCAAAGUGGUAAUGCAAGUCCAGACAAAGAGUUCUCAAAUUAUUCCAGCAAUAAAGGAUAUUUGGAGAGAAGGACGUUUCUUGGGGUUUUUUAGAGGCAAUGGGUUAAAUGUGAUGAAGGUUUGUCCUGAGAGUGCUAUCAAAUUUUAUGCCUAUGAGGCACUUAAAGAUCUCAUUGUAACUGCCCAAGGUGAAGAAAAGAGAGACAUUGGUGCUUCUGGGCGCCUAAUAGCUGGUGGCCUUGCAGGUGCUGUUGCACAAACUGCUAUUUACCCUUUGGAUCUCAUAAAGACGCGGUUGCAGACUUAUGCCUGUGAUGGUGUAAAAGUUCCAAAGCUGAGUACUUUGUCAAGAAAUAUAUGGGUGCAAGAAGGACCUCUGGCCUUCUACAGAGGUCUUGUGCCCUCUCUACUGGGGAUAAUCCCUUAUGCUGGAUUGGAUCUUGCAGCUUAUGAAACCCUAAAAGAUAUUUCUAGAUCAUAUAUUCUUAAAGAUAGUGAGCCGGGUCCUCUUAUACAAUUGGGUUGUGGAACAAUAUCUGGAACUCUUGGAGCAACAUGUGUUUAUCCCUUGCAGGUUAUUAGAACGAGAAUGCAAGCUCAACGUACUGAUUCAGCCAGUGCUUAUAAAGGAAUGUCGGAUGUAUUCUGGAGAACCUUCCAGCAUGAAGGGAUUUCUGGAUUCUACAAAGGAUUGUUUCCAAAUUUGCUCAAAGUGGUUCCUUCAGCAAGUAUUACCUAUCUAGUUUAUGAAACAAUGAAGAAAAACCUUUCCCUUGAUUAGGAAAGUAUUAAUCUUUUCAGCCAUUAAAAUGAUCUGGCUGACUAUAGAGUAUGACGAAGCUAACGAGGCUGAAAUAGGUGAGGGGAUUGGUCUUUUCAUUAGUUAUGUAACAUGGAGGUUAAGUUCUGACCAUAACAUCAAACAUCUGCUUACCAGAUUUUUGUUUUGCAAUCUUCUUUUGAAAUCAAUAAAGUUUCCAUUGUGAAGUUGA